CUAUAAAUUUCAUUGAUUUCGGGUCUGAACUAACCAGACUUCUUUCCUGUAAAAUUUCUCACUCUCUUGAAGAUAAAGAACGUUAACGCGAUUUCUAUAUAUAGUUUUGAUAAUAAUUUAUUUAUAAUAAAAAUGUCUGAUCGUUGUGAGCAAAGAGGAACAAAAAAUGGAAAGAAGCCUUUUGAAUGUGAUGUUUGUAAGAAGAGAUAUAACAAAUCAGAUCACUUAGCUGUGCAUAAAAGAACACACUCUGAAGACAAACCUUAUAUGAAUGCGAUGUUUGUAAGAAGACAUUUACACAAUCAGGUAAUUUAGCAACGCAUCAACGCACACACACUGGAGACAAACCUUAUGAAUGUGAUGUGUGUAAGAAGAAAUUUAGACAAUCAGGUAAUUUAACUAUACACAAACGAACACAUACUGGAGACAAGCCUUAUGAAUGCGAUGUUUGUGAGAAGAGAUUUAGACAAUCAGGUAAUUUAACUAUACACAAAAGAACACACACUGGAGACAAGCCUUAUGAAUGUGAUGUUUGUAAGAAGAGAUUUAAAGUAUCAAAUCAUUUGGUAAAACACAAGAGAACACAUACUGGCGACAAGCCUUAUAGAUGUGAUGUUUGUAAGAAGAAAUUUUCACAAUCGAGUAAUUUAGCUGUACAUAAGAGAAGACAUACUGGAGACAAACGUUAUCAAUGUGAUGUUUGUAAGAAGAGAGUUAUGCAAUUAAGAAUUCUUAAUUGGCACAAAAAGGAGCAUUUGUUUUGCAGUAGUUGCCACAAAGUGAUUAUUGAACCACAAGAUUUUCAAGGACACUUUGUUGAGGAUAAAAGCAGUGGAAAAUAUGCUUGUAACAAAUGUAACAAACGAUUCUCAAAUUUCAUGACAUUGGUUCAACAUUUAGCGAGACACCAUGGCAAUGAUGGAAACUAUCAAUGUGGUUUAUGUCAAGAACUUAAAUCAAAAGGACCAACUGGUGUUGGAUAUGUUUGCUGUGUGUGCGAUGUUGUGUUUGAUGUUCCCAGAGAUCUUGAAGAUCACAUGGCCACCCAUGACACAAUCUGAAUAUUGUUGCCGGCUUUGAGUAUGCAGCGAGUUUAUGCAUAUGACAGAUUCCAGUUUAGUUUUACAUGAAAUAUACAUUGGCAUUUGUAUCAGACUAGUUAUUUAUAUUUCUUGAGCCGGUUACAGACGAGCAAGUUUUCUAUGACAAGUUUUUAUGUAACGAGUUUUAUUUGCUUGUCUGUACGCGCAACUUUGACAAUUUUUUCUAUGACAAGUGCACUUGUUCAUAAGCUAGCAUGCUAGCAUGGGUCAGCAAAGAAAACUUGUCAAAG